GAACGCGGACGUGAACACGGAAGUGCAAUGCUGUUAAUGCAAACAGUUUUGCGUUAUUUCACAAAACUCGCUAGUUCGUCCUUUUUUUAACCCAUCAUUUUUUUCUCCAUAUACGCUCGGGGUUCGGAAAAUUUCUAUCAAUAAAGUUGUAUAAAAAAAAACUACAAGGGGACGAAGAAGAAGAAGAACAGACGAAGAAGAAGUGGUUGCUAUGUUAGAGUACUGCAUGGUAACCAAUUUCUUCAACAGUCCAUCGACACAAGGAACGCUUUUGGAUACGUGUACUUACUGAUAAAAUGAGUCAUUGGCAGUGCACGUCUUUCCUCGCUGGCUGUUUUUGAAUUAAUUGGGUAGAACUGAAUACAUAAGUUCAUCGAAAGCUAACGCGAGGUUAGCCUAUUAGCCGGACAGCUAGCUAGUCAUGAUUUACGCAGCGUCUUGGUUGCAUUAUAGAGUCAUGGCGGAAUGUUUUCCGUAAUGACCCAAUCCAGUGUCACAUUUAACCAAGCAACACACCUGCUAACCAGCAAUAUAGUGAGGCUUGUUUUGAAUUGGUGCUUACCAAAGUGAAUGCUUAGUGGUUGAACCUUGUAAAAAAAAAAAUCAUCAUGGAGAAGGAACAGCACAAUACGGUUGCAUUCAAUGCCUCAAAAAGGGAGUUAUUUACCACCCACAGUGGAUACAAAUCCAUGCAGAAGCAACUGAGGACCCAAUGGAAAAUUCAAAGUAUGAAGGAAGACCUGUCUUUGGACAAGAUGAAAGGUGUCAAGUUGUGGAUAACUGCAGGUCCAAGAGAGAAAUUUACAGCAUCAGAGCUGGAAGUACUGAAGCACUACCUGGAUGAUGGAGGAAAUGUCCUUGUCAUGCUCGGGGAAGGAGGAGAAAAGAAAUUUGACACAAACAUCAACUUUCUCCUUGAAGAGUUUGGAAUUAUGGUUAAUAAUGAUUGUGUUUUCAGGACGAGGUAUUACAAAUACUAUCAUCCAAAGGAGGCACUUGUGUCUGAUGGUGUAUUAAACAGGGAGAUAAGUCGUGCUGCUGGCAAAGCAAUGAUCGGAAUAAGUGAAGAUGAAAACAUUGGAAAUAACACUCAGGCUCUAUCGUUUGUGUUCCCAUACGGCGCAACACUGAACGUGAUUAAGCCAGCGGCGGCUGUUCUUUCAACUGGCUCCAUCUGCUUCCCUCUCCACAGGCCAGUGGUGGCUUUCUACCAAGGAAAGGAGGCGGGCAAAUUGGUGGUCGUGGGUUCCUGCCACAUGUUCAGUGAUCAGUUCAUAGACAAGGAGGAGAACAGUAAAAUCCUGGGUGUCGUGAUCCAGUGGCUCAUGACUGAUAACAUCCACCUGAAUCAGAUCGAUGCGGAGGACCCGGAGAUCACAGAUUACACCAUGCUGCCACACAUCGGGUGUUUGUCGGAGCAGCUCACACAGUACUUCCAAGAGGGAGAUGAAAACCCCAGGGACUUCACUUCUCUCCUGGAUGUUUCUUUUUUCAAUCUGUCCACCGACACGUUACCCCAAGUCAUCAGCGUGUAUAAGCAUCUUAAUGUCAAAGAUGAACCGCUUCAGCUGAUCGCACCGCAGUUUGAGACCCCUCUGCCUCAGCUACAACCUGCAGUCUUUCCUCCAAUCUUGAGCGAUUUGUCCCCUCCGAUGCUGGAUUUGUUUGAUUUAGAUGAAGCGUUCUCCUCGGAGAAAGUGCGCCUGGCACAGCUCACCAAUAAAUGUACGGACGAUGAUCUUGAGUUUUACAUCCGGAAAUGUGGCGAAAUUCUGGGCGUGACUCCCAAGUUGGACAAAGACCAUAGGGAUGCAAAGCAUAUACUGGAACACAUUUUCUUCCAAGUAGCAGAGUUCAAGAAACUCAAUCAGGAGCACGAAGUCAACACUGAGGCACGGUUCACCCCAUCUUGACUGCGUUCAUAUUACAGUCAUCAGAAUGCAUUGAAUAUACACUACCACUACCAUGCUGAUGAUCAUUGAGACUUCAACGUGGUACUGUGAUAGUGGUCUUGUUCAUUUUUUUAUGAGCAUAACAUUUUCUACACAUUUACAUAGAAAUUACAUUGUAAAUAUUCAAGCAAAUAAAGUCAUUGAUACUUCCAUUAGGUCUUAAACACUUUGUUGUUUCUAACUUUCACCACAGUCAUAGUAUUCCACAAGUUGUUCAAGCCAAGAAGAAACAUCUGGUCUUGGACGUGGUCCGUAACUGCCUUUUCGGACUCCAGACCGUCUCCAAUGAACCCAUUUUUGAUCAAUACUUUCUAUACUUCUCCACUGCAGUUUAAAACUGCUGUAAACAUAAAACUACACCUUUCCUUUUCAUUUUUGACCCUGAAUUUAGUGCAUUUAUAGCUUUUUUUGUAAAAAUCACUUCAUAAAAAUUAUUCUAAAAUCAUUGCAUAUAAUUUCAGAAAACAAAAAAUAUAAUUUAUAUAUACAUAAUUUAUAUAUAUUGUUGUCAUUCAGCCACAUUGGAGGCUUUUCCAGCAAGAAGCGCCUUUUUAAGGUCAUGCCACAGCAUCUCAAUAGGAUUCAGGUCCGGACUUCGACUAGGCCACUCCCAAGUCUUUAUUUUGUUUUUCUUCAGCCAUUCAGAGGUGGACUUGCUGGUGUGUUUUGGAUCAUUGUCCUGCUGCAGAACCCAAGUUGGUUUCAGCUUGAGGUCACCAACAGAUGGCCGGACAUUCUCCUUCAGGAUUUUUUGGUAGACAGCAGAAUUCAUGGUUCCAUUUAUCACAGCAAGUCUUCCAGGUCCUGAAGCAGCAAAACAACCCCAGACCCCAUUUUUUUUUUAUCCCUAAAUAAUAAUAUGUUUCAUUUAAAAA